AUGGUAUUUCUCGGCAUACGGCGCUACAGGACUUCGAGCUACCAUCCCCAGUCAAAUGGGAUGGUUGAGAGAUUCCAUCGCCAGCUCAAGUCCUCCCUGAUGGCCGCCUCACAGCGCGAACACUGGUCCCUGGCUCUUCCUCUUGUCCUCCUCGGCAUCAGGUCCUCUCUCAAGGAAGACCUCCAGCAUUCCUCGUCCGAGUUGGUGUAUGGCGCCAACCUCAGGCUUCCCGGCGAGAUGCUGGUGCCCUCACAAGAGCCAGACCUGUGCAGUGCCCGAGAUUUCGCCACCCGCCUCCACAGUGCCAUGCGCAACCUACAGCCAGUCCAGCCUCGCUCCUCUCCUAAGAAGAUUUUUGUGAGCCAGGACCUGGACACCUGUACACACGUCUUCGUCCGCGUCGAUGCUGUUCAGCGCCCCCUCUCACAACCAUACCAAGGGCCCUAUCGUGUCUUGCGGCGGACACGCAAGACUGUGACCAUCGACCGGAACGGCACUCAGGACGCUGUGUCCAUGGACCGGGUCAAACCGGCCUACCUGCUUGACCCUGCUCAACCUCAGGUGGUCGCCACAACGUCCCUGGACGGUCCUGACUCAUCCAGCCGCACCAGGAAAAUCUCGUUUCUCCUCCCUCGAAACUAG